AUGACUAUGAUUACGCAUAAUGCCAUCGAUGGAACUGGUGGACUGGAUGCGUCCAUCAUGUUUGAGACCGACCGACCGGAGAAUCCGGGAGAUGCAUUUGACGGUACUUUUACCUUCCUGUACAAUCUUUACGGUAUACAGACCUCCAUGGCCGACCUUUUGGCUCUGGGAGUCUCUGUCUCCGUAGAAGCUGUGGAGGCCCUACAGAUCGCUAUGAGGGCGGGGCGCGUCGACGCUACCAGUGCUGGGCCUACAGGAGUUCUCGAACCCACCGACGAUUUGGAAAUUAUCGUUGCUCAGUUCGCCACCGCGGGAUUCAAUAGAACGGAGAUGAUACAGAUGGUGACCUGCGGUCAUACUUUGGGCGGUGUACAUGGCGUCGACUUUCCUGACAUUACCGGAGACAAUAGCUCUACAAAUUUCGUUCACUUCGAUAGCACACACAGUUCUUUUGACCCUGCGAUAGUCACUGACUACCUCGAUGGCACUACCGAAAAUCCCCUAGUCGUUGGACCAGAAGGAACAAACUCCGACCUACUCGUGUUUUCCGCAGACGGCAACGCGACAAUGCAGUCAAUGUCGGAUGCUAACACCUUUACAAACACCUGCCAAAGCAUACUCCAGCGGAUGAUCGAGGUCGUUCCUUCCUCCGUCACCCUGUCCGAGGUCAUAGACCCAAUUCCCAUCAAGCCCGUAGCGAUUCAGAUGACGUUCGACUCGAGCGGGACGCUUGCAUUCACUGGGGAAAUUCGUGUCCUGAUAUCAGACCGAGAGGAUACAGACCUCACUGUUCAGCUAUAUUAUGCUGAUCACGAUGGAAACAUUCCUUCAAAUAACACUAUUUCCACUGCAGAAGUACACUCGACUGGAUAUGGCUUUGAUGCAGCGUUUAAGCGCGCUAACUCGACGCUUUGGUUCUAUACCUUCUCAGCAGGUGUGCCAAGCGGCAUUUCGUCCUUCAAUGUAUCGGUCACCCCGUCCUCUGGGAAAGAGGAGAGGUACGACAACGGAGGGUCCGGGUAUCCCAUCCAAGAUAACAUCUUUUUCCUUGAGCCGCAUUCAUGUUUGGUCCAAGGAACAGACGAGAACGGGAAUCAGAACCUCACGGUAGUUGCAGCCGUCCGGAAUGACGACUCGUUGACGAAUCCCUCGUUAGAUGUUGUUGUGAAAACAGAGCGCGAGGGUAUGAUCGUUCCUUCGCUAGCCGUUGAAUCUUCCGCAAUGGAGGUCUGGAACACGGACGCGCAUGAUGGCUACACGUUAUACACGAGUCAUUUCAUGCUUCCGAUCUAUUCGUGGUCGACGACGUUUGACGUGACGGUUGGGGAAUAUUCGGACAUGUACAAGUCUACUAACAGUUUGUCGGAUACUUGUGAUAAAUUGCCCCGAUCUACAUCUCCCAAAGUAAUAGAGAGUGGUAUCUUCAACAACAUAGCAAGUCCAGGCCUUUAG